CCUGACGCUCGGGCCGCACUCACGCGCUUCUCACCAUCUCACCCAGCUCAACAGGUUCUUCCCGUGCUUCAACACCCGGGCGCGCGCCUUCGUUCGUACUCCGGCAAACGCUUCUCCGCUCCUCCGCACCCAGCAGGCUCAUACCAGCCCUUUCACAUCGAGCAGGCUUACACCAGCCCUUCCACCUCUAUCAAAACACCAAUCCACCCAUCGACCCACCCACCUUCCGACUUCCACCCGCCUCGCCAGGCACCAACCCAGCCAUGGCGGCAACACCCAUCCAGCCCGCACAAAUCAUGCCCACGCAAGAAAGGCUGCUUGCGGCGUUCAGCGACGGCCGUUACGGACCACUGCUUCGGGAACUCUUCAAGAUCGAAGCGGAAACGGCACCCAGUCCACUCACCUCCCGCCUGCUGCAGCGCGAACGAGUCAGUGUCGAAACCGAGGCAAUCUGUCUGCUGGCACAGCUUUCGCAAGACACGCUGCGACAUCUCCUGCGCAACACAUACCCACAAGCCCAUGCAAACGCCUCCGUGGGUUCACUGCGCGAUCCAUACGAGUUCACCGGUACGCUCGACCCCGGCGUCUACCUUCAGCAGCUCGUGGGGGCGGAUGGUCUUGGGAUUUCGACUGCUCUCCACGAAGUCUUCUUGUCAUGGUUGGAGACAACUAUGACUCUCUCCAGCCCUUCCGAAGUCGGUCAUACUCUGAGCGUGAACGAGUGCCGGGAUGCCAUCGACAAGGCAUAUCGGGACGUAAUCGCCACCGAUGACCUCCAAGCGUCUUUCUUCGCCACCCUCAAUCAACAAGAGCUGGACGUACUACAAACAAACGUGCGGCGAUACAUCCGCAGCCAGCGAACUGUGCACGCUCAAGCCAAGGCGCAAGACGUCAAUCACAUAUCCAUCCACGCGGAAAUCGGGCUGGCCAAGAACCUCUGGGACAGAUGCGGCCAGCACAAAAGACUGGCGAGCUCUUCUCCCCCGCUCCUCCGACUUGUCCACCUGGUGCUACGCGCAGCCUUUCCCGAUCGAGACUUCAGGAUGCUGCAAGUCGUACUGUUCCAUGCCACGAGGAUCAGCGAUCUGGAGACUGGGGCGAGCCUUGGCGCAUUGCUCUGUGCUUCGUACCUGAGAUCCGGCGGAAUCAACACCAUUCAAGCAGGCCAGGGUGUCGGUACCAGUGGCAGCAUUACCGGCGAUGAAUGGGAAGAGAUGCUCAAUCGACUCGUGGACAAUCGUCUCCUUCGCUUUGUCAAUCCCAAUCUCGAACAGGACAUUAUCACGACAACACGGCUUCGCGGGAUCGAAGAGGUUCGUCUUCCUUUGUCUUGACAUGAUGUGAUUCAUUGCUAAUGGCACGGGUCAGAAACGACUGCAGCAAGCCCAGAUGAAGAUCCAGUACCAGAAGGACCUGCAAGCCAUU